AGUCUAAUCUUUUUCCCGUAGAGUUUGACACCACAGUCGAUGAUACCGCAAUAAUUCGUCUACAACAGCGCCUUCCAAACAGCCAAUGUGCUGAAUCAAGAGUUAUAAUGAGAUAUAUUCUACCUAAUGGAGUGUUAGUGUCAAAUGAUGUAGACUUUAAAUUUGAUCCUAUUAAUUUUUGUCCAGUGGAUAGAAUUGAGAUUCAUCCAUUAAUAGGAAAGUUUAGUUUGUUAUCGUAUUUAAAUUCUACGAACCCAGGAAGUACUGGAAAUGUAUUAGUACAAUAUGCAGCCAUGAUAAUUAACCAAGAUGGGAAAGUAAUUCAAAA